AGCUCGGCCGCCUAGCUAUAUUGUACACCCAUAAAAAAAUAUAGAGCGAUCGCGAGUGUACAUUUUGUACUCCGCCGGACGUCGAUGUGGAUGACGACAGCACUUGUGUUUCAAUGAAGACAAGAUGAGAUGACGUUGGUUAAUUAAAGAAGUGAAGGAGUUAGUGAAUGGCUGUUAUGAAGACGAUCCCUGGUGCUGACUGUUGCGCAAUCCACCAGCCAUGGGCAUGGUUACCAGCUGCUGUGGACGGAGGCCUAAGAAGUCCCGCCUCCAUAGCGAACAUGAUCUCAUGUCACCAAACAAGAAGCGUCCUCGUCGUGACAUCAGUGCUACGUACAGUGCCAAUGACUUUGUCAUGACACUGGAUCAGCUUAACAUCAACCAGGCAACAGAAGAAGAGCUUAUGACUCUUCCAACUAUCACCCGCAACAUUGCCCGCAACAUAAUCCAAUACCGCAACCACAUUGGUGGGUUUCGGAAAGCAGAAGAUCUAGCUCUUGUGUCUGGAGUAGGUGCCAAUAAACUUGCUUUAAUUCGGAUGGAGAUAUAUUGUGGGAAAUAUGAUCCUGGCAGUUACUCUACACCAUCUUCUAGUCGGAAGAGUAGCCACCGUUUAAACGCACUCUUGAAACAGAGUAGUGAAAUAAAAGUGGAUGUUAACAAAGCUACAGCAACGGAUCUGUGCAAAGUAUCCGGAAUUGGAACAGAUUUAGCUCAGCGUAUUGUAGAAUAUAGAAAUGAAGUUGGCCAGUACAAAUUUCUUACAGAUGUUAGCAAAGUACCUGAAAUAGGAACUUACUAUUUUGAAAAGAUCAGGCACUGCUUGACUAUAGAUGAUAAUGAAAGCACUUGUAGCACAUCAACUACCGUGUCUAUUAUCGAAGACUUCUCCUCAGACUCUCUGCCAAUCUUGCGAGACCGGGAAAGACCCAAUGGAACCUUGCCGUCUGGAUUUGGUGGAUCCAAAAAAGUCCAUGUGACAUCCGCAACACAGACUGACAAUGUAUCAAUGCCUACCCCAUUUGCCACCAUACCAAGGAGAAAAGGAAGGAUGAUGGUACGACGUACCCCUUCUCACAGGAUUGGUAGAGUGCGUGUUGCAUCGUGGAACCUUCAGAAAUUAAGCCUGGAAAAAAUUAGAAACCCGGGAGUGAGAGAAGUCAUUUGCAUGACCUUACUGGAAAAUGGACUCAGCCUACUAGCUUGCCAAGACAUUGUAGACAGUACUGCUCUAGAUGAGAUCUGUGCUGAAUUAAACAAUCCUAGUCUAGGACCUGUGAAGGCCUGGUCUGGACAUCGUGGGGCUUGGACCUGCAUCACAGCUUACUCUGAAGAUAAGCAGGGCCAGAGUGCUGGAACGUGUGGUUACCUGUGGGAUACCAGUCAACAUGUACGUCUGAAGCAUUCCUACAGACUGAAACCAUCGUCUAACCGAACCAUCUCAACCCCCUCAGCAGGCAGGGUUCCUUUCUUGGGACGCUUUGCUGUACUCCAUGCUGAGAUUGCCAUCCUCAAUGUACCUUUCCCUGCAGAUGAUCAGAUCAACAAUGAUGAUGAUGAUGAUAUCCUGUCAGUAGAAGCAAUAGGCCGGACCAUCGAACAGUACUUCCCGGACAAGGAGAGCAUGAUCAUAGCAUCAGAUAAUUUCCCAGGUCAUGACUUCUCUGACCUUUCACCUUUGACCUCUUGUGGCUUCAUCCAUGUGUCACCGAAGGGUCAGAUGCCAAAUGGAGUUGACCAUUCACCAGAUCUCAAGCACACCAAUAAUCUUUUCUUCAGCAAUGAGCUACAGAAAUGCUUCAGAGGGUCAUGUGGUGUUAUCAAGGAAGGCCUUUCACAUCCACUCAUACCAGCAGGCUGGACCUGGGGAGGACUGGUGUCAGAUCACUCUUUAGCCUGGGCAGAGCUCAUCUUUCAAUUAUGAUAACUACACUAACUUCACUGAGAGGGGAUGAAGACUGGUGUGAUGCCAUGGACCUGGGAGGACUGUGUGUCUAAUCACUCUGUGGUAUAGACAGAGCUCAUCUUCACAUACGAACUUUCUCUUGAGAUGGGAUAAGAGUGGUGUGGAGACAUGUCUAUGAUAGUGUGUGUGUAUAAAUACUUUUUGCUUGUAACUUAAUCAUAUUUGGGAAAUUUUAAGAAAUUACCUUUUUUAAAGAAUUAUGUGAGAUACGGUUACUGCAUUUAUGGUGAAAGAAAGUCAUUUUGUGACAGAAUAAAACUUGUGCAUUCAGUAUGUGUUGGUGGCAUUCUCAAUUUAGUAGCAUAUGAAUACUAUUUAAUUGUAUGAUAAUUAAUUGAUAUAUUUAUUAAUGAAUUACUAUAGAACAAGUGACUUGGCCAUUUUGAUCAAAGAGGACUUCCAUUGUGAGCUGAUUUAGAUAAUCUUACCAAUCCACACUGAUCGUACAUCUUGGCCAUGUUUCAUGAAACUUUUCUUAAUAAGGCUGCGACGAGUAGUCAAAUACUCGCACCGUUAACAACUACUCAAGUAUGAUUUCUCGUACUCGAAUAUUCGGCCGCCAUUU